GGGAGAGAGAGGCGCUCUGCGGGAGCUGCGGGACACGGAUACACACCGCUCUGCUUUCAGCCACCCGGGAGAUGAACCCCGUGUUUUGAACGUGGUGGAAAACUUCUCUCCGGCUCAAGAUGACGGUGGAUUUCGAGGACUGCAUCAAGGAUUCACCCCGGUUCAGGGCAAAUAUCGAUGAGGUGGAGACGGAGGUCGUGGAGAUCGAGGCCAAGCUAGAUAAGCUGGUGAAGCUAUGCAGCGGGAUGAUCGAAGCCGGGAAGGCCUACAUCAGCGCCAACAAGCUCUUCGUCAACGGCGUCCGGGAUCUGUCCCAGCAGUGCAAGAAGGACGAAAUGAUCUCGGAAUGCCUGGAAAAGUGCGGCGAAAGCCUCCAGGAAAUCAUAAACUACCACAUGAUACUGUUUGAUCAAGCCCAGCGGUCCGUGAAGCAGCAGUUGCACAACUUUGUGAAAGAGGAUGUCCGGAAGUUUAAGGAGACCAAGAAGCACUUUGACAGGGUACGUGAAGACAUGGAGAUCGCACAGGUGAAGAACGCGCAGGCGCCCAGGAACAAGCCUCACGAGGUGGAGGAGGCGACCGGCGCGCUCAGCAUCACCCGCAAGUGCUUCCGGCAUCUGGCUCUGGACUACGUGCUGCAGAUUAAUGUCCUCCAGGCAAAGAAGAAGUUUGAGAUCCUCGAUGCUAUGCUGUCCUUCAUGCACGCCCAGUACUCGCUGUUCCAGCAGGGCUACAACCUGCUGGACGAGAUCGAUCCGUACAUGAAGAAACUGGCUGCUGAGCUGGAUCAGCUGGUGAUCGAUUCGGCCAUGGAGAAGAGGGAGAUGGAGCACAAGCACGCAACCAUUCAGCAGAGGACCCUCAUGCAGGACUUUUCAUAUGACGACUCGAAAGUGGAGUUCAACGUGGACGCCCCCAACGGCGUGGUGAUGGAGGGCUACCUGUUCAAGAGGGCGAGCAACGCUUUUAAGACCUGGAACAGACGAUGGUUCUCCAUACAGAACAGUCAGCUGGUCUAUCAGAAGAAGCUCAAGGACUCGCUGACGGUGGUGGUGGAGGAUCUCCGGCUCUGCUCCGUCAAACCCUGCGAGGACAUCGAGAGGAGGUUCUGCUUCGAGGUCGUCUCUCCCUCAAAGAGCUGUAUGCUGCAGGCCGAGUCUGAGAAGCUCAGAUUAGCCUGGAUUCAGGCCGUUCAAGCCAGCAUCGCUUCAGCUUACAGGGAGAGUCCAGACACCUACUACAUCGAGCAUCUGGACAGAACGGCGUCUCCGUCCACCAGCAGCAUCGACUCGGCCAGCGAGCCGAGGGAGCGCAGCGUCCGGGUGGAGACCAUCCUGCAGCGGAUCCAGUGCCUUCCGGGGAACGAGCAGUGCUGCGACUGCGGCCAGGCCGACCCGCGCUGGGCCUCCAUCAACCUGGGCAUCCUGCUGUGCAUCGAGUGCUCCGGCAUCCACAGGAGUCUUGGAGUUCACUGUUCAAAAGUGCGAUCGCUCACGCUGGACUCGUGGGAACCAGAAUUACUGAAGUUAAUGUGUGAGCUUGGAAACAGCGUCAUCAACCACAUCUAUGAAGGCUCCUACCAGGAACAAGGCCUGAAGAAACCACUUCCGUCCAGUUCAAGGCAAGAAAAAGAGGCCUGGAUUAAGGCGAAAUACGUGGAGAAGAAGUUCCUGAAGAAGCUGGGCACCACGGAGAUCCUCAUCAACGGGGAGAGGAAGUCGGGCCGGCGGUGGAGCGUGAAGAAGUGUCGGAGGCACAACAGCGCCACCACGGUUCCCAAAACACGGCGAAGAUACCGACAGGAUCCUGGAAGCACCUCCCCCUCCACCCUCUCCUCAGGUACGACGCCCAUCCUCCCCUGUCUGUCUGCUUCAUGGAGACGUUUGACAUUUAGCCACAUAAAGUUCCGUUUCUGGUUCACAGCAGCUGCUAAGUUCAGACGGGAGUCUCUGUUUUGCCCCGACGAGCUGGACUCUCUCUUCUCCUACUUUGACACGGGGUCUGGACCUCGAAGCCUGAGCAGCGACAGCGGGUUGGGAGGCAGCACAGACGGCAGCACGGACAUCCUGGUGUUUGGCUCGGUGGUGGACAGCGUGACGGAGGAGGAGUGCGAGGUGUCCGAGGACUCCAGCGGCGAGGCGGAGCUGGAGGCGGAGCCGGAGACGUCGGACCCCGAGGACCUGAGGGACCUCCACCCCGGAGCGCUGCUCUACAAGGCCUCCAAAGCUCGCAACCUGCCCGUCAUGGCCGAGGCGCUGGCUCACGGGGCCGACGUCAACUCAGUCAACGAGGACGACGAAGGAAAGACGCCCCUCAUACAGGCCGUGAUCGGGGGGUCAUUGAUCGCCUGCGAGUUUCUGCUGCAGAACGCUGCUGACGUCAACCAGAGGGACGCGAGAGGGAGGGGCCCGCUGCAUCAUGCCACAUAUCUGGGACACACUGGGCAGGUGUGUUUGUUCCUCAAAAGGGGGGCGACGCAGAACGACGGAGACGAAGACGGACAGGACCCUCUGAGCAUCGCCGUGCAGCAGGCCAACGCCGAUAUCGUCACCCUACUGCGUCUGGCCCGGAUGAACGAGGAGAUGCGGGAGUCGGAGGGCCCCUUCGGACAGCCAGGUCAAUACCCCGUCAGCAGCCCCACUGAGCAGCAGUACAAGAAAUGCAUUCAGGAGUUUAUCUGUCUCCACAUAGCCGACUGCUAAUGGAGUCGAGCCAGGCUGAGCCGGUGCAGGGGGGGGGAGGGAGGGGUGCCUGUUAGAUAUGUGACGAAACGUGGGAUAGAGAAUCCUGUUAUUAAAAAGAGAAGAAGAAAAAAAAAAAAAGACGUUCCACCAGAUUUCCUCCCUCCCUGUGUCAGAAUACGCCCCACUCCCCUGCACAGUCUGUCGACUUCCAACCUGCCAGCCGUCAGCCUCCCUCUCAGGAUGUAACAACAACAACAACUCAGAGUUAAUCUUUGCACGAUGUCACAUUUGACCAAAUCAGUGAUUUUUCUUUUCUUUCUCUUUUUUUUAAGCGAGGUGCUAAAAAUGCAGCAGAGAAAUCACUGCCAGGGAAAAGUUAGUCACUUUAGAGAAUACUGAGCAGAAAUUUACUUUUUGGGACCAAUCUCAAUCCUCUUUGGAGGAUUUUAGCGGUACAGGGUGCUCUGAACCAAAGACCUGCGACCUCCGUCCUCGCUGCUGUCCAUGUCGUUGAAGGCUGACAGUUUGCACAGGACUCAAAAUCAUGCUACAGUCUGCGGCUUGACCUUUAGUUUUAUCCUAAUUUGCACACAAUGUGAAAAAAGCUCAAUCAUUUCCCACUAUUUAUAUUAGCUGAGAUUUUUUUUUUGCACAACCUUCAAAAUUCACACGACUAAAAAUCAGCCCAUUAAUUGUUUUGAACUAGCAUUCUUACUAUAGAAAAUUUUUUUCGACUUUUCUCUUUUAGCUGAUUCUCUUUUGUUGCGAAUGUGUUUCCAAAUGUAUUUCUACUUGAGCCAGAAAAUUAAACGCUAGCAUGACUCAAAGUCAAGUUGAAGUCAAAGGCUGUAUUUAAAAAAAAAUCACACAUUUGGAAGCCACAUUUUAUUCCACCUCACAGCGUUUUGCAGCACAGGCGAUUGAGUUUAAUGCGAACUCCUCACUCGCCUGUUCGCGAUCCGAUCACUUUUCUAAUCACGUUCGAUCAAAUGGCGGCAGAGCUCCUGCUCUUUUACAUCAUGAGGGGAAACGGUGACUGAGAGCAAAUCGUGGCAGAAUCAUUCCUCUCGUCGAUGGAGAGACCGAUCAAAGCUUUUAUGUGAAAGCGAAAUGAUGCACUUUUUCCUACCAGCAGUGAUUUUUUUUUGUUUCUCAUUCUUAUUUAUGACAAAAGAAAAAAAGAAAACAAAAA